GGGUGGCCGCGGCAAGGGGGGUUGGCAGCCGCGUGCCCCAUACCAGCCGUACCAGCCGCCCUCCGGAGGUGGUGGCUUCGGAGGCUUCGCCUCCAUCACGAACCAGUUCAACGACAUGAUGGGGAGCCUGGCGGCGCUGGGCCAGAUGGCAGAGAUCGGCACGGCGCUCUCCCGCCUCCACCAGGGCGGGUCGCUCCCGCAGAGCGGAGGCCAGCAGCCUCAGCCAUCUCCGGCGGCUGCUCCGGCCCCUCAGGUGGGCACGCGCGAGGUGGCCGAGGCCCUCACGGGCAUGCUCUCGGACGUGCAGCGCGACGAGCAGCAGCGGAACAGGGAGGGCGACUCACGCUUGACCACAACGAUCCGCAGGCUCCAGGACUUCGUCGGACCUGACCCGCGGCAGCCUCGGUGUGCCACCAGCG